AUGCAACUUUUGCUUCCUGGAGAAGUUACUAAUGCGGACGAGCUUCUUAUUGCACGUAUGAAAAAUUUAAGUCUACAACAAAUGUAUCCUCUAACUGGAUUGAAUCUUCUUCGUUUACUUUCCCAAAACCGUAUUGCUGAAUUUCAUACUGCUUUGGAAAAUAUUGAACCAGAACAACUUUUAGAAAAUCCUUUUAUCAAACAUCCAGUACAUUUGGAACAAUAUCUCAUGGAGGGAAGUUAUAAAAAAGUGUGGAAUUCUAGAGAACAAGUACCUGCGCCCGAGUAUCUUUUCUUCAUUGAUAUCUUAAUGGGGACCAUUAGAUGUAAAGAUGUAAAGUUAACUAAUUCUAAUUUAGAGGAUCAUUGCGCAAAACGUAAUAAGGUUUACAUAAUCUCUACGAAUAGUGAAAAUGGUGAAAUAAAUAACGUAAAUAGAUCAUGUGUUUUAGGGGAUGCACCGCUGUGCUGA